UACGGCCGCCGGGGUAACAGAAACCGCUGCCUCUGCAUUUGCGACUUCCAGAGUGAUACGACACCGCUGGGAGGUGUCACAUCGCCAUCAUGGCGGACCUUGAGGCGGCCAAAAUCAACCACGACAACCACCUGCUUCUUGACCAGUCAUGCAUGCGUCUCCCCUACGAGCUGCUCCGGCAGAACUUCCGCUCUUUCCACCUGCCCUUCGACAAGGGCUCCAAUUCGGUAAAGGACCUGCUCAAGGAAACCGCCAACGGCUCGCUCAACGGCAAAGUCUCGCCUGAAGACGUCGUGAAGAACCUCGAUCAGAUGCUGGCCAAGAUGCGCGGGCUGAAGCGCAAGUUGGCUGUCGCCGCUGACGAGGAGGACCGUCUCUACCGCCAGAUGGAUGCCCGCGUGGCCCACAUGCGCGAGCUUGCCUCGCUGAACACGGUCGACGACGUCAAGUACGAGGGCUGGUCCCGUCAGCGCCUCGACCGUCUUCUCGUCGACUACAUGCUCCGGCACGGCUACGGCUCGUCGGCGGCGGCGCUGGCCGACGCCCGGGAGAUGCAGGAUCUGGUCGAUAUUGAUACCUUUGCGACGAUGAGCAGGAUCCGCACCUCGCUUGAGCGCGGCAGCGUGCAGGAGGCCCUGGCCUGGUGCGCCGAGAACAAGAAAGAGCUUCGCAAGAUGCAGUCCAACCUGGAGUUCCUGCUUCGUUGCCAGCAAUACAUCGAGAUGAUGCGCACCGGUGUACACUCCCAGAUGCUCGAGGCCAUCAACCACGCGAAAAAGCACAUCAUCCCCUACAGCGAUACCUAUCCCGUCGAGGUAAGCUUCAUGGCCGGCUUGCUAGCCUGCCAGCCCAAUACGCACCUCGAGCCGUAUGCGUCCCUCUACAGCUCCUCCCGCUGGGAGACACUCGCAGACGCGUUCGUCGAAGCCUACCUGAAGCUUCUAAACCUCCCCAUGACUCCCCUCCUGCACAUCGCCCUCUCGUCGGGCCUCUCAGCCCUCAAAACGCCCGCGUGCCACAGCACGCAGUCACAAGGAGCCGACCAACCCGCAGACGGCACCAGCAGCACCACCACCACCAACGACAACAACACCGCCGCCGCCUCCUCUUCCUCCUCCUCCUCCUCAGCACCGCAACGCCACCCCCCUCACCACCACGGCACCGCCUCCCUGACCACGCGCGUCUGCCCCAUCUGCUCGACCGAGCUCAACGCGCUGGCCCGCAACGUGCGCUACGCCCACCACAGCAAGAGCCGCCUGCUCGACCACGACCUGGUGCUGCUGCCCAACGGCCGCGUCUACGGCCGGGCGCGCCUGGACGAGUACGCGGCCAAGUCGGGCCUGCCGCCGGGCCAGGUCAAGGACCUGGUCACCGGCGAGGUGUACCCGGCGAGCGAACUGCGCAAGGUGUAUGCCACGUAAGGGAUGGCGGAGGGAUGGGAAGGGAAGGGAAGCGGAGAGAGGGGGAAGAAGGAGGGGUGGGCAGGAUUGUGAGGGAAUGUGGUUUGAUUAUGGCAUCAUGCGGCGUUUUUGGGGACAUUCAUUGGGCUGGGAUGGACUGGCGGGGUUAUGUGAUUGAUUUUUUCCUUUUAACAAGCGGUAUUUGCAUCGGACUCUGGACUGGAUUGGGUGGG